ACCUAUAGAGGGCGCUAUACAAUAAUUGAUUCUCAUCCAACAGCUGCAGCGGGAGCGGAGAACUAAAACAAGGACGGAAACAACGAUGAAAAGAUGAAAAUACUGCGGGUAAUGUAGUCGAUCGACGGUACCAUAUAGAAUAGUUCUAGAUCAUGACGGUGGAUAAGAUCCCACCUGGCCCGGGACAAGCUUGUUGUUCCCUGAGCAAGAAGAGAGUCGGCAUACUGGUAGCGGUAUGUUGCGUGGCUAUCCUAUCAACCUACAUGUAUUCACUCAACUGCUGCAAAAGCAGAACAGAAGCACCUCUGAAACUGAAGACAUCGAACAGUCCGUCGUUCCACAAAAUGCCAAUCUUCGCCAAGAUCAAAUCAAACACAAGAAUGCCAGAACCUUCAGUGAAUGCCACACAAUCUGAGGGCGUUGCUGCUGUGAAACAGACGGUAUUCGUUCAUCAACUCCUUCAACCUCAAAACCCUUCACCGACAAAUCAAGAUGAUCUGUCCUCUUUGUCCUCGUGGUCAAGUGUUUACGACGAGGCGGACGAUGAUUUGGACUUGGUGCCAGAGAGGGCAGCCUUCAAACCGCAAGGUAAAUGGAAACGACGGCUUCCGAAGGUCAUCAUUAUUGGAAUCAAGAAAGGAGGAACGCGAGCACUGCUGAAUUUCCUUAAAGCGCACCCCCAAGUAACUGUUAGCGGGAAGGAGGUGCAUUUCUUCGAUCGUUUCUAUGAAAGGGGCUUAGAGUGGUACAGGAGGGCGAUGCCCUACUCGUAUGAAAAUCAACUGACCGUGGAGAAAACGCCCAGCUACUUUGUGACGCCGCAAGUCCCAAAGCUCAUCUAUCGCAUGUCACAAGACGUAAAAUUCCUACUGGUUGUGCGGGACCCUGUGGCACGGGCCAUCUCCGACCACGCCCAGUCCCUCCAAAAGGGUAAGACCACGCCCUUUGAGGAGAAAGCCAUGCUCGACCCGAGAAAAUGCAGCGUGGACGAGAGUUGGAGCGCAAUAGGCAUCGGGCUGUACUCAGUGCAUCUGACGAGAUGGCUGAAGUAUUUCCCCCUCGACCAGUUCUUGUUUGUCAGCGGGAAAAACCUUGUGGCCAAUCCCGGCGAGGAGAUGGGCAAAGUGCAAGACUUCCUACACAUCAGCAGGACGCUGACAGAGAAGUCGUUUGUCUUCAACGAGACGAAGGGCUUUCCCUGCCUUAGAACGGACGAGAAUGGGGAGGUGAGAUGUCUUGGCAAAACCAAAGGCCGCCCUCAUAAUCCUGUGGAUCCUCGUGUCCGGGCCUGUCUGGCCGAGUUCUAUCGACCGUAUAAUGAACAGUUUUACAACAUGACGGGCAUCAAUUUUCAUUGGGAGGAAUGAGGGACUUGGAGUCUAAAUUCUUAAGACUCUCAAAUUUUUCAGGGGGCCGGGAAUUGUCAAUCCAUAACUUGCCACCACGGGUAUUCAAGUAUCAAUCUUCUCAUGUAUAUAUCCUUCUCAGGUCUUAAUUAUUCCAAAAAAAUUGUCAUAUUGACGAAUGGCAUUCAUUUUUGUUUGUUCAGUGUUGGACAAUUUGCUGCAAUCUACACAGAAUGAAUGAUUAAUGGGUUUUAAAAUUAUAAAUAAGCACAUGGCAAAAAAUACUUAUGAGUGAUCAGACCACCGCAAAUGUGAAGUACAUGUAUACUUAAUUUGUAUCUGACAAUCCAUGUACAGGACCGUAGUAAUAUUUCUGUCUUUAUAGAUACACAUGUACACUAUAGUUACUUGCAAUGCUCAAAUAAAGUUGUGUCAGUGAUAUUUAUAAUGGAGAGUAUAAAUUAUUAUGUAUGUAUGUAAAUUUCUGUCAUUCAGCACUAUCUGUCGCACAUAAUUCUGUGAUGUAACAAAAUCAGGUGUCAUGUAUAUAUUCUCUGUGAAAAGUUUGUAUUCUCUGUGAAAAGAUAUAGAGCUCUGUCGGCUUUUCCUUGAUGAAUCUGUUAUUAUGUUUCCGAUUAAAGUUUACAUUGCAACUGGCAAUGUGCAUGCAGAUGUAGAUAUAUAUGAGAAAGAAAUAGUGCAGAUAUUCUGCACUACAUAUGCACAUACAGGGUAUCUCUACGUAGACAUAAGUAUUCUUCAUAGUCAACAUCAGAUAUUUAUAUACUAUGAAGAUGUUUGUAUAGUAUUAUUAUUUUUUUGUGCUGGUGUAAUAUUCUGACCAGUACUUCAUGUUUCUGUCCAAAAAGAAUUAUUUUUUCGUAAACUUGUCAUAACUCUAUUCGAAGAGCAAGAUUUAAUGUUGAUUAAGAACACUUGUUCUGGAACUCAGUAAUCUGGAAUUAAGUCAUUAAAGGUAGAAUGGACCAUUUGCAGCUAUCCAAAAAGUAACUGACCAAAUUAUUGUUAAAAAACUUACUUGGUUUAAAGAUAGUAAUGACACUAAACUCCCUGCAAAAUGAUUCCUUCGGACAUGCUGUUGUUGUGAAGAAAACAAAAAUGUUUCAAGUGACACAUUUUUGGAAAUUUCCGGUAGUAGUUGUUCAAAUCCUUGGAUGGGUGCUAGAAGCGUUGACACGAAGCACACACAUGCACGGUUGCUAUUAUUCGUCAGUUCAGUGCGUGACAUCGCGUAGCUGCAAUCGGCUGAAUGAGAACGUGUUCCGGAUGCUGAUUUCGGGCGCAAUUUGAGAUCCUAGAAUAUUUUCUCGGAAUAUACAGCAUGCAGAGAGCUCAAAGUUCAUCAGGAUAGUCGUUAAGCAUCCGUCUUUAGAUUUUGAGCACUUUUGUUGGUUCAAACAAAAUAAAUACACAAAUUGCAAAUGGUCUAUUCUACCUUUAAGCCAAAACCACCAGCCAUUAACUUAUAAACGUCUGUGGAACUUACUUCCUCUUAUUUCCUCUUAAUUGAGGUGUAAAUUUGUACUGACUCCAGAUGUACUUGUAUCAUGUAUAGUACGAAUAAAGAAUGUUUUACAAUAUUUCAUGGGAAACAUCUUGUGUAGUAUUUCAGAAACGAUCUCAGAACUUGGUGUUUUGAACAUCAGGAUAUGCUUUUAGUGAGCAGGGCUGCACGCUGACCCACUAAGAACAGUUUGUUGUGUAGCAUUCCAAACUGAAUGAGAACUUUGCAUUCCCUAUUUUUCAGGCUUGCAACUGGGAAUUUAGAAAAAAAAUGAGGAAAUUCCAAACUACAGAAGACAUUGGACAGUGUUUUUCUAUUUGUAAUGGUAUUCAUGUGAAGUAAAAAAACGAGGAAAUCAGCUGUCACAAAGUGUGAUUUAUAUUUUUAAAUAAUGUUUCAAUUUUUGUAUUUAUCAUUGUGUUUAUUAAUGUAAUUAAUUAUGGGAUUUUCACUUAUACAUUUAUUUUAGCACAAGUUAAUUUAAUUCUCCCCCAUCCAGAAUUGAGGCUACCCAGAGUGUACAGCAGAGCUAAAUCUUUCUUAUGCAAAUGACAGUAUGCAAAUUAAUGCCAUGGUUGAAUAAUUUUGUUAGGACUUGGAUGCCAUGUGCAUUCCCCAGGGCACUGCUAUUCUAGACUUCGCUGUGUGCAGUCCUGUGUGAGUACAUGUACAUGUACAUGUACAUGUAUAUACAGUGGUACUGUGUGUACCAGGGCGUGGCCCAUGAUUUAAAAAGCCAGUUUAUCCUGCAAACUGUAAGUUUUAUUUCAUCCUGCUUUAUACAAUAUAAUUCAGUAAUAGAAGUGCAUAACACAGAAAUUAUGAAUAUUUUGGGAGAAUUGUGAUAGUCCAGAAAUGGUGCAUUUUGAAGUUAAUCUUUAGAGAUUGAUGUAUGGAAUUGCCUUUGGUAAUCAAGUUUAUUUUCAUUAAAAUUAAUAUAGUUGAUGAAGUAAGAUAAAUUGUAAGAAUUUUUGAAGAUUUUGAAUGCCAUUUUCAUUCCAGAAAUUUAGCUUGAGCAUGGAGCGAAUGUAAAUUUGAUCAUAAGUCGGUAGGCACUCUAAUUUUCACUGUGAAUUAUGUUUAACCUUUUUUUAAAGGGCUUUUCCCUGUGGGAAUAGUGAAUUCCUAGGUUCUUGGUGAACCAGAUAGCUUGUUCUGUGUGAACAACAGUAAGUCAACUCCCAAGACUAGCUCACGGUCUACCGAGAGAGUCAGGAGGAAGAUUCGGAACCGAGUCCUGUGUGGGCCAGGCAUCGAGCCAGAUUCCAAGGCCCGGAGAGGUCACCCAAGUUCCCCAAGCCCGGAGUUCAUCCGCCUUAGUGGGAUCGUCAAAGCGCCGGAGGGAUGUUGUGUGUGUGACUGGUGCUCCAAAUCGACCACCCGUGUCACAAGUGAGCUUUGAACACAGCAAGUCCUUCAAAAGGUUUUGAACAGUGACUGUUUAGGGGGGUGAUUGCAUUUGUUUUGGGGUAUUGGAAACGGCCGUAUAACACAUAAUACAGGAUCCUUAUAAUGCCAUGAUAUAGUUGAGUAUCCGUCACUCAAAAUAUAAGUAAUUCAUAUAGUGGCAUAAUUCAAUUGAAAUAAUUUGUACAUAGUAAAUUUCCGUUUGUUUAAUAUAUUUAUUUGUCGUAAUUAAAUAGUAUUUUGUCUUGAUCAUA